AUGUUAGCUACAGCGUUAGUAGAUGUAGCAUCGAAGUGUGGACAGCCGCAAAUGUGUCGAGCGUUCAUUGACCCAGGAUCCGAAAUAUCCUUCGUCGCAGCUCGAGUCGUCGAGAUGUUAAACUUGAAGAAAACAACAAUUAGCGGAGUAGUCUCAGGAAUUGAAGAAGGUAGCGUGUGCAUAAAAAACAAGGUGGAACUACAAAUCUCGUCGAGACCUAGCAAACAUGCGAGCUUUCAUGUUAUCCGUCAAGUAGAAGAAGACAACAAUCUUUUGAAGAAAUUUUGGGAGGUUGAAACACAAGGUUAUACAAACAUGAAGGGAUGGCCAAAGGAAGAAGAAUUAUGCGAAGAAAUUUACAAAACAACUACAACGAGAGAUGACACUGGAAGAUAUAUAGUGCACUUACCGUUGAAAGAAAGUGUGGAGGAUACGGUGAAAUCAUGUGGAGAGACCAAACAGCAAGCAACCUUGAGAUUCAAACAGCUGGAAAGGAAGUUUGAGAAAAAUGACCAUUUGAAGAAAGAAUACGCAAAGGUCAUACAUGAAUACCUGGAAUUAGGGCACAUGAAGAGAACUAAAGUGGAAGACGAUGCUGCAGCAGUGUACCUUCCUCAUCAUGCUGUUGUCAAGGAAACUAGAGACACUACGAAGGUUCGUGUGGUUUUUGACGCUUCAGCGAAAGGCUCUCGUGGCAUCUCGUUAAACAGCGCUAUGAUGAUAGGGCCCACACUGCAACCGGGCUUACGAAGUCUAGUAAUUCGCUGGAGAGCUCAUAGAAUCUGUGUGAUUGGAGACAUUGUUAAGAUGUACCGACAGGUGUGGAUGACAGACGAACACACAGACUUACAGCGGAUUGUUUGGAGAGAUACACCUUCUGAAAAAAUAGAGAGCUACAAAUUACUUACUGUUACAUUCGGAACUGCUGCUGCACCUUAUCUAGCUGUUCGGACACUCAAUCAAUUGGCCGAUGAUGAAGCACACACUUAG